AUGGCUACCGAAGUCCCAGAAGCCAAAGUGGAUUUGGUGACACAAGAGAUAGAACUCACAAAGUUAUUGGCAUCAAAUGAUCCUAGAACUAUAAGUGAUGGUAUCAAACAAAUUAAACAACUGUUACUGAAAAAUUCAGAAGAUACGAGUGAUGCAUUUCAAUUGAAUAAUUAUUUGGUUAUAUGGAAAGGAUUAUUUUACUUUAUGUGGACGUCUGAUAAACCAGUACCUCAAGAAAGUGUGACUGAACAAUUAAGUUAUCUUAUCCAUAGUUGCACUUCUUAUCAAGGUAAAAUAUUUUUUUUGGAUGCAUUUUUUCUUACUAUCAAAGAUAAUUGGAUGUCAAUAAGACAGCACCGUAUUGAUGCAUGUAUGAUGUGGGUGAGGCAUUGUUUAAAACAAUUACUAUUUACCUUUGUCAACUGUGAUUGGAACUUGGAGUAUAUGAAUAAAUUUAGUGAAGUUCUAUAUAGAGCCCUCAAAUCAUUCACUCCUAGUUUGAGAACUCAAAUACAAGUAAUUUUCUUGGAAGAACUUGCUAAAGUAAGUAGAGGAAAAGUGCCUACUGAAGCAUUGGUCAUUAUUUUAGAUUCAUUCCUACAUUACAUUUCUGAGCUCAAUGAUGUAAUGUUAAUCAAAGAAGUUACCCAAAAUGUAUUUAGAAAUCUUCUAUCUCCGUCACCUGAUUUGGAGACGUUAGAAGCUAAGUUUCAAGCUUCUCAAAAAAUCAUUGAUUCAAGCAAUUUAAAUAAUGACUUAGUUGAAGGUGAUAUAGCAAAGAACAAGGCAAAUGAAUUAAAUGAGAAUCCAUUAGAUCCUCAAGUUGAAAAUGUAAGUGUUGAAAUACCUCGCAUCAAUUUCAAUCCUAAAGACGUAGCAAAGGUUUUGAAUAAAUAUUUAACUAAAGUUGAUUGUACCAGAAAGUGUUUAUGGGAAAUAACUAAAUUAAUACAAUUUUAUAAUCGUUUGGGAGCUUGUUUUCUAACAUGUAGGCCAAAAGAUUUGAAAACAAAUAGCCAAGUAUUAAAGCAUAAAAAGAAAAAAUAUUUAUCUAAAAUGGUAAAAGACGGAGUGAAAAGGUUAGAAAUGGUUGAUUCGAGGAUUAAAAAAAGUGGCCUUGAAGUUCAUGAUCAUAAAAGUUUUAAAGAACUUACUAAGAUGGGUGAAAUAGUAAAAGUUACACAAAAUGGAAAACCCAUGUGGAAAGUAAGAAAGUCUAAUAAGAUCAAUACAUUAAAAAAGAACUUCAAUUUAAAUGGGUCAUGGACAGUAUCAAAGGACACCCAAAUUGAUGGAAAUAACACUGUGUGUAUGAAGGAUGGUGAACAACCACUUAUAGUACCUGUUGGAUUUAAUGUUGAAGUUUUAGAAACUUCAGAAAAACCACUAACAAAACUUCAGAAAAAGGUUUCUUUAAACCCAAAUUUCAAAUGUUUAACAUUUAAUUCAUCUCUUAAAGAAAGUAAUUCUAACAAACGCAAAAGUAAAAGUCAAAUUACACAAAUGAAUGAUGGAUCAAAAAAAAAAAAUAUAAUAAAAAAAAAUUCUCUUUUCAUUAAAAUUGGUACGCCUAAUGCUUUAAACGCAAGCCAUAAAAACAGUUUAUCGAUAUCUGCAGACCAUGGAGGGUCAGUAUCUAAACAUUUUGAAAACAACACAAAGUCUGCAAAAGCUUUACAAUUAGUAAAUUCACCAUUUAAUAUUAAAAGUCUUACACUAGAUAACAAAAUUGGAGGGAAAAAUCAAAUUAAUGAUGAACCACUAUUUCAAGCGCCUGCUGAAUUUAAUGUUGAAGCUUCUGAGACUCUAGAAAAAAAACUUACAAAACUUCAGGAAAAGGUUUCUUUAAACCCAAAUUUCAAAUCUGUAUCAGUUGAUUCAAAUCUAAAAGAACUUACUAAGAUGGGUGAAAUAGUAAAAGGUACACAAAAUGGAAAGUCCAUGUGGAAAGUAAGAAAGUCUGAUAAGAUCGAUACAUUAAAAGAGAACUUCAAUUUAAAUGGGUCAUGGACAGUAUCAAAGGACACCCAAAUUGAUGGAAAUAACACUGUGUGUAUGAAUGAUGGUGAACAACCACUUAUGGUACCUGUUGGAUUUAAUGUUGAAGUUUUAGAAACUUCAGAAAAACCACUAACAAAACUUCAGAAAAAGGUUUCUUUAAACCCAAAUUUCAAAUCUGUAUCGGUUGAAUCAAAUCUAAAAGAACUUACAAAGAUGGGUGAAAUAGUAAAAAGUACACAAAAUGGAAAGUCCAUGUGGAAAGUAAGAAAAUCUGAUAAGAUCAAUACAUUAAAAGAGAACUUCAAUUUAAAUGGGUCAUGGACAGUAUCAAAGGACACCAAAAUUGAUGGGAAUAACACUGUGUGUAUGAAUGAUGGUGAACAACCACUUAUGGUACCUGUUGGAUUUAAUGUUGAAGUUUUAGAAACUUCAGAAAAACCACUAACAAAACUUCAGAAAAAGGUUUCUUUAAACCCAAAUUUCAAAUCUGUAUUGGUUGAUUCAAAUCUAAAAGAACUUACUAAGAUGGGUGAAAUAGUAAAAGGUACACAAAAUGGAAAGUCCAUGUGGAAAGUAAGAAAGUCUGAUAAGAUCAAUACAUUAAAAGAGAACUCCAAUUUAAAUGGGUCAUGGACAGUAUCAAAGGACACCAAAAUUGAUGGCAAUAACACUGUGUGUAUGAAUGAUGGUGAACAACCACUUAUGGUACCUGUUGGAUUUAAUGUUGAAGUUUUAGAAACUUCAGAAAAACCACUAACAAAACUUCAGAAAAAGGUUUCCUUAACCCCAAGUUUAACAUGUCCAUCAGUUGAUUCAUCUAUAAAAGAAUUUAAUAAGCCGGGUGAAAUAGUAUUAGAACAGAAUUUCAAUUUAAAUGGGUCAUGGACAGUAUCAAAGAACACCAAAAUUGAUGGCAAAACCACUGUGUGUAUGAAUGAUGAUUUUGUUACCCCAAUUUUGGUACCUCCUGGAUUUAAUGUUGAAGUUUUGGAGUCUUCAGAAAAAACAUCAACAAAAGUCCAGAAUAAAGUUUCGGUAACGAGUCAUAACAAUAGUUGGUAUCUAUCUGCUGACAAUGAUGGUUCUGCAUCUAAUAUAAUUAAAGAAAGCAACCCAUCUAUUAGGGUACAAAAAGAUAUUUCGUUUACGUCCGUAAUUACACCAGAUAAGAGUUCCAAGAGCCUUAAACUUCCAACUGCUGAACAUAGAGUAUUGCCACAAACCACAACUACAUUUUCCAAGAAUAAACCAGAUGGAAAAAAUGAAGGUACACCUAUAAGUAAAGUGAAAGCAACUUCAGCUACAAGAGUAUUGCGAAAAUGUAGGAAGACAACAACAGGAAAAGCAAUAAGCAUGUUAAAACCUAAAGACAUUUCUAAUAAGGCACUUAAAAAAGUUCGAAGUGAGGCUUUCGAGAAUGGUUUUGGUUCUCUUAGAAAAAGUCCUAGGCUGGCCAUAAAGGCUACAAGAGAAUUGCAAAAUUGUAGGAAGACAACGGAAGGAGAAGAAAUAAGCAUGUUAAUACCUGAAGACAUUUCUAAUAAGGCACUUGAAAAAGUUCGAAGUGAAGCUUUCGAGGAUGGUUUUGGUUCCCUUAGAAAAAGUCCUAGGCUGGCCAUAAAGACUACAAGAGAAUUGCAAAAUUGUAGGAAGACAACGGAAGGAGAAGAAAUAAGCAUGUUAAUACCUGAAGACAUUUCUAAUAAGGCACUUGAAAAAGUUCGAAGUGAAGCUUUCGAGGAUGGUUUUGGUUCUCUUAGAAGAAGUCCUAGGCUGGCCAUAAAGACUACAAGAGAAUUGCAAAAUUGUAGGAAGACAACGGAAGGAGAAGAAAUAAGCAUGUUAAUACCUGAAGACAUUUCUAAUAAGGCACUUGAAAAAGUUCGAAGUGAAGCUUUCGAGGAUGGUUUUGGUUCUCUUAGAAAAAGUCCUAGGCUGGCCAUCAAGACUACAAGAGAAUUGCAAAAUUGUAGGAAGACAACGGAAGGAGAAGAAAUAAGCAUGUUAAUACCUGAAGACAUUUCUAAUAAGGCACUUGAAAAAGUUCGAAGUGAAGCUUUCGAGGAUGGUUUUGGUUCUCUUAGAAAAAGUCCUAGGCUGGCCAUAAAGACUACAAGAGAAUUGCAAAAUUGUAGGAAGACAACGGAAGGAGAAGAAAUAAGCAUGUUAAUACCUGAAGACAUUUCUAAUAAGGCACUUGAAAAAGUUCAAAGUGAAGCUUUCGAGGAUGGUUUUGGUUCUCUUAGAAAAAGUCCUAGGCUGGCCAUAAAGACUACAAGAGAAUUGCAAAAUUGUAGGAAGACAACGGAAGGAGAAGAAAUAAGCAUGUUAAUACCUGAAGACAUUUCUAAUAAGGCACUUGAAAAAGUUCGAAGUGAAGCUUUCGAGGAUGGUUUUGGUUCUCUUAGAAGAAGUCCUAGGCUGGCCAUAAAGACUACAAGAGAAUUGCAAAAUUGUAGGAAGACAACGGAAGGAGAAGAAAUAAGCAUGUUAAUACCUGAAGACAUUUCUAAUAAGGCACUUGAAAAAGUUCGAAGUGAAGCUUUCGAGGAUGGUUUUGGUUCUCUUAGAAAAAGUCCUAGGCUGGCCAUAAAGACUACAAGAGAAUUGCAAAAUUGUAGGAAGACAACGGAAGGAGAAGAAAUAAGCAUGUUAAUACCUGAAGACAUUUCUAAUAAGGCACUUGAAAAAGUUCAAAGUGAAGCUUUCGAGGAUGGUUUUGGUUUUCUUAGAAAAAGUCCUAGGCUGUCAUUCAAGACUGAUUCUGCUAAGAAAAUAGUUGAAUACCAAUGUUGAGCAAGCUGAUGAUGAAAUUAAAGUCAAAAAAAAAUUAUGAUGACUUUGAUAUUGAAAUAAUCAAAGAUGACAACAAUCUUCUUGAGAAUUCAAGUAGCUUUAAAAGUUCAGAAGCUACAAAACCACAUUUAACGCAUAAUGUUCUGAAAGCAUAAUUACAGUCAACUAUUCACUCAAGUAUUGUAUAAUAAAUACAUUUUAUUAAAAACUAAAAUGUAUUUAAUUUAUUAACUAGGUUUGGGACUAAUUCAAAAUAAAUCUACAAAAAUUCAAUUUGUAAAUAUACGGUACCAUCAUUAUAACAAUAGAAAAAUGGUAAAAAUUCCACCAAUAAAGUCUUUGGAAAAACAAACUAACUAAACAAACAAUAUAUCAACAAAGAUUUAUGCAGUAUUCAAACAACGUUCACAGGUCAAAAAAUAUGACUUUGAUGUUGAAAUAAUCAAAGAUUACAUCAAUCUUUUUGAGGAAGUGAGAAACUCUAAAACUACAGAAGCUUCACAACCACAAUUGACGCAGAAUGUUCUGAAAUCAAAAUUUCUGCCAAUUUGUCACUCAAGUUUGGGACUAAUUCAAAAUAAAUCUACAAAAAGUCAAUCUGUAAAUAUACGCUACCAUCCUUAUAAAAGAAAUAUCAUAACAAUUCUGCCACAAAAAUCGUUGGGAAAUUCAAA